AUGGGUGACCCGGAGAUCUAUUCACCACAAAUUACACCAGCCCCUACCACUCUUGAAAGCCUCGUCCUCCGUGAUACUGCUGAGUCUACAACUACAUAUCGUGAUCCCCCCGACAUUGUUAGCACUAAGGACCUUGAAUGUGUUCCUGGUCUCAAAAAUGCAAUUGAUGAUGCUUUUAGGAGACAAAAUGGAUAUGCAAUGUCACUUUGGUGUUAUCCAAGUUACGGAGGUAUAAAUGAUACAUAUGUGGUGUUGGAUCUGACAGCUUCUUCUAAGGAUCAAGGUGUAGCUCUCUUAGACGUUCUGAGAAAGUGGGCCCCAGGCUGGGCAGCGACAAGCGUGGCAGCAGCGCCAGGCUCGGAACCAACACAAUGGAUGGAUCCUCGAAUCCUUAUUCAGGAUGAUGCAACUUGUCAGAAGGGUAGUUCAUGUUCUAGUCAACAGUUGCCAUUGGGAUAUUGUAAACCAAACUGUGAUUGA